ACUUUGGUUGGCGGGAGAAAAACAGGAUAUUGCUUGACGAAGCGGAAGUGAGAGUAGCUCGGAAGGAUGAGAAUCCAUGUGUGGAGUCUAGACGGCGAGUAAUUAGAGGAGUUAGACACAACUCUUGUUUGGCAGUUUGGAUUCUGAAGUUGUGCAG